AUGUCCGUCAUGUGUCACAGGGCUAAGGUUAUGCCUUGGAGAACAUUGAGGUUUAAUGAAUCUGUUUGCAACCCUUACAAUGCUGAUUUUGAUGGUGAUGAAAUGAACAUUCAUGUCCCGCAAACAGAGGAGGCGAGGGCGGAGGCUGUUCUGUUGAUGGGGGUGGAAAAAAAUCUAUGCACCCCGAAAAAUGGAGAGAUCUUGGUUGCUUCAACUCAAGAUUUUCUAACAUCCUCUUUCCUUAUAACAAGGAAUGACACAUUUUAUGAUCGAGCAUCAUUUUCACUAAUUUGUUCAUAUAUGGGGGAUGGCUUCGAUUCCAUUGACUUUCCAACACCUGCCGUAAUUAAGCCAAUAGAGCUGUGGACAGGAAAGCAGUUAUUUAGUGUUCUUGUACGCCCGAAUGCAAAUGUGAGAGUCUAUCUAAAUCUGACUGUUAAGGAGAAGUCCUACUCCAAGACUGAUGAAGAUGGAAGAGCAAUUGAGGCAAUGUGCCCAAAUGAUGGGUUUGUCUAUUUUCAUAACAUCGAGCUUAUAGCUGGGCACCUUGGGAAGGGUACUUUAGGAAAUGGCAAUAAGGGUGGGUUUUUCUCUGUUCUUCUCAGGGACUAUAAAGCUCAUGCUGCUGCUGCUUGCAUGAAUCGUGUAGCUAAGUUAAGUACGCGAUGGAUUGGUAAUCACGGAUUUUCAAUUGGGAUUAGCGAUGUACAGCCAGGUGACAUUUUGUGUGAAGAGAAAGAAGAGAUAAUUAAAGAAGGCUAUAAAAAAUGUGAUGAGCAGAUAAAGUUGUAUAAUGAAGGACAGCUGCAACUUAAACCGGGUUCUGAUGCAGCACAAUCACUUGAGUCUGAGAUAACUUGUGCAUUAAACAACAUCAGAGAGCAAACUGGAAAGUUGUGCAUGCACAAGCUACAUUGGAGAAAUAGUCCCUUGAUCAUGUCCCAGUGUGGUUCAAAAGGAUCUGCUAUCAAUAUCAGCCAGGUGGUUGCCUGUGUUGGUCAGCAAUCGGUUGGUGGUUGUCGUGCACCUAACGGAUUCAUAGACCGAAGCCUUCCUCACUUCCCUAGAGAUGCCAAAACCUCCGCAGCUAAAGGCUUUGUUGCUAGUUCCUUUUACAGUGGCUUGUCAGCUACGGAGUUUUUUUUUCCAUACAAUGGCAGGGAGAGAGGGGCUUGUGGAUACAGCUGUGAAAACAGCUGA